CGUUAGUUUACGCGGCGAAGAUGUUGCGCGACGCAGCGACGAAUGACUCGGACCCAGGGGCUCAGUCGUCUCCGAGGAUUCGAGCAAAUCGGGAGUUUAUUCAAAUCGCUGCAUCUCUACAGAGAUUCGUACCCAUUUCGUCGCAAUGUUUUUAUGCGAAUGAAGAAAAACGCGCCUCGUUUCCAUGGGCCGAUCGGUUUUGCUCUUCUUCCCGCAUCCUCCUCCUCCCUGAGCGAGUUCAGCGUCGAUUUCGGAGGCCCCCGAACAUACCGCGGAGCCAGGGAACCUCCCGUCGAGCCCGGCAUGGCGUCGGACCGGAGCAUCGACGAGUGCAGGAGCGGCUCGAGCUCCGCGGAGCAGCGCUUGCGGAGCCCCAAGUGCGCGAGGUGUCGCAAUCACGGCAUCAUCUCCGGCCUCAAGGGACACAAACGGUCCUGCGCCUGGAAGGACUGCCGGUGCGCCUGCUGCCUCCUCGUCGUCGAAAGACAGCGCGUCAUGGCCGCCCAGGUCGCCUUGCGGAGACAGCAGCAGGCUCAUGGGAAUUUCGUCAGCCAAAAUCUCGCCUCCGUUUCUACUGAUGUCGCCUCGAAAAGUGGCCUCGAACGACGAAACAAUAGCAGCGGUCAACACCGCGCAGCUGCCGCUUAUCAAAGGAGGUUGCGAAACUUCCAACGCCAUCAGCUGCAACUCACGCAAACGAGGAUUAGCGUCACGCAGAAUUUUCAGAGCCUCAACUCCAUUCGAACGAUUCCUUCGACGAUGAUUCCAAACGGUCAACUCCUCGGACCGAUCUCGAGGGUCGAAGACGACCGGGAACGAGGCUCCGGGAGUCCGUCGAUCGAGUUGCAGCCCUUUUGUCCCAGCGGCUACUCCGGAAUGACUUGGUUCAAUUGCAUCCCCGAAGCAUCCAACUCCAAUCGAAAUUUCAACGACCUUGUCAUUUCCGCCACCGAAUGCCACGACAGCCCCUUCGACGGGGGAGAACGUUCGAAGGUCGCGAACAAAAAACCACCGAUUUCCUUCAGCGUCGAGUCCAUCAUCGGGACCAAGUGAUAUUUUAGCCAGUCGCAACGGUCUGAAGCAGAGAAACUCCAUGAAAUUAUUUGCGAACGAAUUUCCUUCGAGAGUUUAUACGAAAAAAUAUUUUUUCGUCCCAAAUCAUCGAUCGUCUCGAUGCAGUGAGGCAAUUUCUCAAAUUUAUUGAUAAAACACUUCAAAUAAUACUCCGCUAACUCCGCACAUUGAAUUCGGUCGCUCGACUAAAAAUUACGCCAAUUUUUCAACCCGCGUUACUCGUAUCGAUGAAUUUACUUAAUUUUUCUAACCGAGAUCGUGAAAAAAAACUUGAAGGUUCUAAAAGUUAGUAAAAUCGUUUUUUAACCUAAAAAAUUGAACGAUUCGUCCAACACGAAUGACCAAUUAGAUUUUUAUAUUUUAAAAAUCAUUCGAUUAGGAGUCUUUGAAGUUUUUCGGCCUCAGCGAAUGGGUCGAGGUGGGAUUUGUAAAUAUAAUUAAUCAACUAGAAGCUCGAUAACGUGGCAUAUUUUUAAUUACUGUACUUCGAUUGGCAUGAAUAAUGGAAUGUAACAAUGACAGUCA